AUGAUCCGCUCGCUCGCCCUCACGCGUCUCGCCGCGCUGCUGCUGCUGCUGUUGCCGGCGGCGCUGGUCCCGCUGUCGCCCGCACUGGCCGGUGACCCGGCGGCCGGGCGCGCGAAGGCGGCGGCCUGCAAGACCUGCCACGGCCUCGACGGCGUGGCGCGCAUUCCCAUCGCGCCGCACAUCGCCGGCGAGAGCGAGGUCUACCUGGAAACCCAGCUCAAGGCCUUCCGCUCUGGCAAGCGCACCCACGAGAUCAUGUCGGUGAUCGCCAAGGACCUGUCUGACGCGGACAUCUCCGACCUGGCCGCCUGGUACGCCAGCAUCGCCUUCACGGUGCAGAUGCCGGAGUAG